AUGAUUUAUUACUUACUUAACGUGUUGGACUUGAAACAGAGAAGGACCAAAAUUCAAACACUCUCACCUCAUUCCCCUGUUUUUUCUUCUCUGCUUGACCCUCAUCACCCAACAUGUCCACCGCCAUAACUUCCCCGCGCCUCUUCCCUCUCCUCCACUUCCUCCUCCUCUCAUCCCUCCUCACCACCGUCUUCUCCGACGAGCUUCAAAUCCUCCUAAACCUCAAAUCCACCCUUCAAAAAUCAAACCCCAAUCCCUUCACCUCAUGGAACAACAACACCACCAACUCCCUAUGCACCACCUUCCAUGGCAUCACCUGCAACUCCAUGAACUCCGUCACAGAAAUCAACCUCUCCAAUCAAAACCUCUCCGGCGUCCUCCCUCUCAACUCCCUCUGCAACCUCCAAUCACUCCAAAAACUUUCCCUCGGAUUCAACAACUUCCAUGGCAGAGUAACAGAGGAUCUCAGAAACUGCGUCAAACUACACUACCUAGACCUCGGAAACAACCAAUUCUCUGGCUCCUUCCCUGACAUAUCACCAUUACACGAACUCCAGUACCUUUUUCUCAACAAGAGUGGCUUCUCUGGAACAUUUCCAUGGCAAUCACUUCUCAACAUGACGGGAAUGUUGCAGUUGAGCGUAGGAGAUAACCCUUUUGAUCUCACUCCAUUUCCGGUGGAAAUUCUGAGCCUCAAGAACUUGAACUGGCUCUACCUGAGUAACUGCUCGCUCGGCGGGAAGUUACCGGUCGGAAUCGGUAACCUCACCGAGCUAGCUGAGCUAGAAUUCGCUGACAAUUUCAUCACCGGUGAGUUUCCGGCGGAGAUAGUGAACCUCCGCAACCUCUGGCAGCUGGAAUUCUACAACAACUCCUUCACCGGAAAGCUUCCAAUCGGGCUGAGAAACUUGACAAAGCUUAAGUACUUCGAUGGCUCCAUGAAUCGUCUCGAAGGAGAUAUCUCUGAGGUGAGGUAUUUGAAAAACUUGAUAUCACUUCAGCUCUUUGAGAACAAUUUCUCCGGCGAGAUUCCACCGGAGAUAGGCGAGUUCAAAAACCUCGUGGAGUUUUCUCUCUACAGGAACAGGUUAACCGGUCCAAUUCCUCAGAAACUCGGUUCCUGGUCUGAUUUCGAUUACAUCGACGUAUCGGAGAAUUUCUUGACUGGUUCAAUUCCGCCGGAGAUGUGUAAACAGGGGAAGAUGACGGCGCUGCUCGUGCUUCAGAAUAAUCUCACCGGCGAGAUUCCGGCGACUUAUGGUGACUGUUUGAGCCUCCAAAGGUUCAGAGUAAGCAGAAACUCGCUCUCUGGAACAAUCCCUCAAGCAAUUUGGGGUCUUCCCGAAGCUGAAUUGAUCGAUAUUGAGCUGAACCAGUUGGAAGGUUCAAUCAGUUCAUACAUUCAGAAAGCGAAAACACUCGCGAGUGUUUUCGCCAGAAACAACCGUUUAUCCGGUGAAAUCCCUGAAGAAAUCUCAAAAGCGACGUCGUUGGUGGCCAUUGAUCUCAGCGAGAAUCAAAUUUCGGGGAAAAUUCCAGAGCAAAUCGGAAAACUCAAACACCUUGGUAAACUCCAUUUACAGAGCAACAAGCUAACAGGGUCGAUUCCAGAGUCUUUAGGCUCAUGCACCUCCCUGAACGACGUUGAUUUGUCCAGAAACUCGCUCAAUGAUAAAAUCCCUUCAUCUUUGGGUUCGUUACCGGCUCUGAACUCUCUGAAUCUGUCAAUGAAUGAACUCUCCGGUGAAAUUCCGGUGAGUUUAGCGUCGCUCCGGCUUAGCCUCUUUGAUUUAUCGUAUAACAAGCUAAAGGGUCCAAUUCCACAAGCUUUGACGAUUCAAGCUUACAAUGGAAGCCUCACCGGAAACCCUUCUCUCUGCACCGCCGUCGAUGGAAUUGGCAUGUUCCGGCGAUGCUCUGCUUCCUCUGUUAUGUCCAAGGACCUUCGUGCGCUUCUGAUAUGUUUUUCAAUUGCUCUGUUUUUGCUCCUCUGUUUUCUGGGUAUCUACUUGAAGAGGAAGAAUGAAGAGGGAGGAGAGAAAAAAUAUGGAAGAGAACGUUCUCUGAAGGAAGAAUCGUGGGAUGUGAAAUCGUUCCAUGUGUUAACCUUCACAGAGGGUGAGAUUCUGGAUUCUAUUAAACAAGAGAAUCUAAUUGGGAAAGGAGGUUCAGGGAAUGUAUACAGAGUUGCACUCUCCAAUGGGAAAGAACUAGCAGUGAAGCAUAUUUGGAACAAUGCUGAUUUCGCAGAGCGAAAAAGGUCGUGGAGUGGUACUCCGAUGCUUGCAAAGCGCGCUGGAAAGACUCGUGAGUUUGAGGCGGAGGUUCAGGCGUUGAGCUCGAUAAGGCAUGUGAAUGUGGUGAAGCUUUAUUGUAGCAUCACUAGUGAGGAUUCGAGCCUGCUGGUGUAUGAGUAUAUGCAGAAUGGGAGUUUAUGGGACAGGCUUCACACGAGUGGGAAGAUGGAGCUUGAUUGGGAGGCAAGGUAUGAGAUUGCGGUUGGUGCAGCAAAAGGGUUGGAGUAUUUGCAUCAUGGGUGUCAGAGGCCUGUGAUUCACAGGGAUGUUAAGUCCAGUAACAUUUUGUUGGAUGAGUUCUUGAAGCCAAGGAUUGCUGAUUUUGGACUAGCUAAAAUUGUUCAGCCCAAUGUUGCCAAGGAUUCUUCUACUCAGGUCAUUGCUGGGACCCACGGCUACAUCGCUCCAGAAUAUGGCUACACUUACAAAGUGAAUGAGAAAAGUGAUGUGUACAGCUUUGGAGUGGUCUUAAUGGAGCUGGUAACUGGUAAAAGGCCAAUUGAACCAGAAUUUGGAGAAAACAAGGACAUAGUGAGCUGGGUACAUAGCAAGGCACAGAGCAAAGAGAAGUUCAUGAGUGCAGUGGACUGCAGAAUCCCAGAGAUGUAUAAGGAGGAAGCUUGCAUGGUGUUAAGAACUGCAGUUCUCUGCACUGCAACACUUCCAGCUUUAAGACCCACCAUGAGAGCUGUGGUUCAACAGCUUGAGGAUGCUGAGCCUUGUAAAUUGGUUGGAAUUGUUAUCAGCAAAGAUGGAAGUGGAAAGAAAAUAGAAUUGAACGACAAAUGAAGUUCCUACAAUUGAUUCUAAAAGUCUAAAUCAAUUCUGGAGAAAAACUUCUCCGAGUAGCAUUUGAGUAACAGAAUUGGUUCAGAGGAAAAAUAAGUUGUUGGAACAUGAAUUUUGGAUCACCAAGGGAAGCACCACCUUCAUUAGUUAGCUAUAGAUUGUAAUUUGUAAGUAAUUAGAUUUUGCAGGAAAUAGGGAACAGUGUAAAAUAUUAGCAAUAGCUUCUUUAAUCUGUAUUUUGAAGUGGAAGACUAGUGGCUGAAAAAAAGGGUCUCCACUCUCCACCUAGUACUCCCAAUAAAAAAGAAGCAUGCAUAUUCCUUGUUCCUUAAUAAUGAACUUAAUCAGUGUUUAAAUAA